AUUCAUUUGUAAUACAGAUUUUUACUAUGUUAUACAUUUAUUACCUGUGUAUUAUAAUUUAUUUUUAACUUAGCAAAAAGAGCAGUUAUAAGAGAAAUCAACAAAGAGGAAAGCUGGUUCAGUUGCCAUGAGAUGAUUGUAUUUAUCUUAAAAAGACAUAUCAUAUAGCAGUUCUAAUCAGGUUCCAAUAAAUAUAUAUCUAAACAAUACACGACGAAGAAGUCGACGUGACGUCAACGCCUUACCGUGCAUAUAAUGUUAAAAUAAGGGAGUUACCACAUCCAACGGAAUAACUUAGAGGAGCGUAGACGUCUUUUAUGCAAAAUAGUAUAUCAAUUAUGGUAAUGUUCAUUCUAAAAGUUUGUAUGGCGCCAAAUUUUAUGUCGGAGUGACGUCAGUAAUGUCGUGUUCUAGAGAAAAUGUGCAUAUUCUUUCAUACUAAAAGCUUACCUCACGUAUUUUAAUUAUCAAAUAGUCAAGGCCUUCCGGUGGUUUGUCGCCUGAUAUAUCACGUUUCAGAGUUCAGAUGCGAAGGAACUGAACAACGACUCGAAGCGUAAGCCCUAGUAGUUAACUAUUUAAACGUCUGAACGAUACAACUUCAGUUAAACAAUAAACUGCACGAAGGCCUUGAUUGUUUACAUUUACAUGCUUAUUUAAAUAUUUUGAAAAAAAUGCUGGACUUCAUUUAUUCGAGGAGUCAUACGGCAAUUUGACGUCAUGAUUGACGUCAUAAUGCUCUCUUACCGAUCAGUACGUCAACCUUUGUUUAUCGUAGAAUGUACAUAGCUUGACCUUCUUUGUUUUACUGGCAGUCAGAUCAAACCAUGUUAGAAUACUAUUUAAGCACGGUAAGCCUUGACGUCAGGUCGACGUACUAUAUUUUGCGCCCUGAAAUAGUGUUUUCCUAGUUCAUCUACAUGUUUACAUAAAUGACGUAUUAGAAUCAAAGUAUAACAGGACAUCUUAACACUACGAAUGGGUAAUAUCCGCAUGUUAUAAUUAUUUAGCACGCGUAUAACCUCUUCAUAUUGUCUAGAUAUGUUUCAACAUUGUUCGUUUAUAUAUUAUUUCUGAAAUCAGAUGACAAGACAAAUAACCUAUAUGCAUGUAUUUUAUGUGAAGAAAAUAAGUUCAAAGUUUUUACAAAGCAAAGUCCGUAGUCAGAAAGGAGGUUUCUUUAUUUAUCAGUGAAAACAUAGACAUAUAUAGUAUAUAUGGUUAUUGUUCAAUUUUUCAAGUACGAAAUUUAGGCCACACCAAAUUGAAAAGUUGUUCAUCGGAUUUUUUUUCUGAAAAAAUUGAGGCGGCGAGCGAAAAAAAAAGUUUUUGUUUUUGAGAAAAUCAGCUAGUUCACCCCUAAAUCAGCUUGCUGGUAAACAUCGCCACGACCACAAAUCAAAAAUAAAUAAGCGAACUUUAAGUUCUCUGUAAAGUGAAAUCGAAUCUAUAUCGCCUACCAUUCCCCGAUUUUCGCUGUUCGAUACAAUGCUUGUAAAAAAAAAAAAAAGAAAAAUAUGAUGACACUCACCUUUGUUGACGUUCUUAUAUCAUCGGAAGUUGCGACAGAGCGAUUUACUGUAUACCUCUGAAAGAGGUAGCUCUGCUGUUUACCAGGCGUGACUUAACUUCCUGUACAUUUAUCGCUUAAAUGAAUUUACGCACACACGCCCGGUUUAACUGUCAUUUUCAUGUGUUUCUACAUAUACCCCACCCCCUUUUGAACGUUGAAAACAUACGUUAUUCACUUUUUUUUUUUUUUGCAACAAAUUAACAAAAUAGGAAAUGUAUUGUUUCAUUUAUAUGCACAAACAUGGUUUAACAAAAUUAUAAGAAACUGUAAUCUCUUGCAGAAAAAUAACUAAUGUUAGUGCAGCUUUGUCAUAAAGAUAUAUUUAAUGUACAUGUUCGUUCAGAACCUGACAUUGCCUUUUGAAAUUACAGGUGAGAAACGUUAUGUUACUCUCUCUCUCUCUCUGCGAAUCUGAAUGAAAUCGAUCUCAGAUUCCAUUUAGCCGUUUAUUAAAACGCCCCCGACAUCAGAACUUUGUGUUCUGUGAAGUCACACGACAGUAAGAAUCUAUAAAAAGCGUAACCACAGCACCCAGAACGCAUGCGCACAGGUAAUCUGGUGAAUAAUCGAUCCAGGCGUGGUAGUUCUCGCAAUAGUGAGGAUUUGACAAUGUCACCAAUUAUUGAAAAUAAUAUUGGUAGACAUUCUGUCUCCCGCAUCCCCUGCAUAAUGGAUCUAAGCUCAGUCGCACAGAAAAGGAGCUAACGUUUCAAUAUGACGUCGUACAAAAACGGAAAGAGGGUGCCAGUUUACCGCCAGACACAAGCAGAGUUGCGGAUCCGAAUGCUAUGGGCGACAUUGAAGGCAAUGUUUGAGUGUUUGUGCCAAUAUGCACGGUACAUUUGGGAUCAUAAUCCGCUCAAAGUUCUUUCCCGACGGCACCGUCGGCUAUACUUUGUGGAAAACUACGGCGAGAUUAUGAUCAAACCGAAGUUUGGAGAACGUGUCCUUGACCUUCUGCUUAGCGAUUACCGACGCCGACAACGUUUGUUAAACUGGGUACAUAGUCGUCUUGGGUCUCACAUAAACGUGCACGACUUCAGCACGUGUUGGCAGGACGGUACUGCUCUGUGUGCACUUCUCGAGUCCAUCUGUCCUGGUGUGUGUCCAAGUUACCAUCUACUGUCGGGACAUAAUAGGGUCAAGAAUUGUCGACUAGGCCUCAAGCUUGCCAACAAGUACCUCUAUGUGCCUAUGGAUCUCAUUUCCGCGGAGGAGUUUGCAAUUGCCAAUAAAACUACAGAAAACAAAAUUAUCCAGUACAUAUCCAUGGUCAAGUGGGCAUCGCAAAACAUCAAAGAAAAGUGGUCAUCUCUACACGAAAGCCUAAUUGCUGCUAAAACCGGAAGAUGUUUUGCUAAAGGUUCCGGUCUGAAAAGCGGUAUAGUGGAAAAAAGAUCGAAGUUCACGGUUCUGGUAUCCGACACUAUAGGCGUGUUCAAUCUGCUCAUAGAGGUGCGUGGACCAAAUCACGAAUAUUGCGGCGAGAGGAUAGUGUCUCUACAUCAAGCAAAAGCUUUGCUGGACAAGUCCUUUGAUUAUGACGUCCCUCAGUCGGAUAAUAUCAAAUAUUUAGAGGACUGUGCAGGUAACACUUUCGUCAGGAAAAGAAUUCCAGCCCGUUAUGAGACCGAGGCAACCGAACCAAUAUAUUUUGAUAUUCAGUGCGGGGAAGAAGGAACUUUCUACGUGACGUUUGUUCCUCGGAUGGCGGGAAUGCAUGCAGUAGCGGUAAAAUGGCAAAACCAUCACGUAGAAAAUAGUCCCUUCAGGAUAAAGGUAUACAAAGCCUCAAACGUGUCCACAAAGAACUUAAAGGGCGCCCAGGAGAAGCGGGUUAUCUACGAUUCUCUGUCUUUCUCCAGCCACAGUGCUGAUACAUUGGAUCAUCCUGAUGUGCCUGAAGAGUUCGUGUCUCACAGUGGCCAUGAGUCACACCGCUCUAUAUCUGCAAUGGCUAAAGCAAAAGCUUACAGCAAGGGGAGACAACUGACAGUAACCAGACGGAGAGUUCUACGACGAAUAAUAACAAGAAAUGGGGAAGAUAUUGUUAUAGAAGAAGCUAUAUCCCCGUCCCUUUCCAGGCAGUCAAGUAUUACGGACAAUUCUGACGAAGAUACCAGACACCACCGAACUGAAAAGGAUGAGGCCACUACUGCAUCACAAGGCUCGUCAGUUGUAAAGUCUCAUUCAGCUGUUCUUAAUACAGUCCCUGAGGAACGUCAAGGAUCUAAAGACAGCGAUCAUUCCAAUAGCAUGGACCAGACUUCAGUUCCCACACCUCAGAUACUGAAAUACAAAUGUACAGAACUGGAUGAACACAAUCGGUUAGAUGAUCAUGAUGACCAUUAUGCGAAUAGCGAACACAAGCGUCUAGAUGAAUCGCAAAACGUCGCCGAGCAUGAGCAAAAUGAAAAGAUAACGCUUUAUGAACAGUAUGCUCAUAACACAGAGAGAGCUGCUAAACGUUCGGCUUUAAAAAGGUCUUCUUCAAAAAACCACCCAUACAAAGCGCCUGCCAAGAGGACAACUUCGGACGGACCGGUUUACAAACUCCGCCGUGGACUGGUAUCCGUAGCAACAUGUGACUUAUCCGACUCAGGUUCCGAGUUAUCCUCUGGAGACAAACAUAACACUGACGGCAACGAUUCUACAAGUCCAACCCUAAAACUGCUGCAUUCAAGCAGCUUAAAGAAGUCUUGCAUGUACAUCAGCGAGAAAGCAGUGAACCAAACGAGCAGCUCCUUUGACAGCGAAGACAUGACCUAUCCUUCAAUUCCUGUAAAAACAAAACUGCGUGCGACACAGUCACUUCCAAUUAUGCGUAAAUACUGGAAACGAGAUCUAACAAGUGAGGAUUCUAUUAAAGGACUUAUCAACAGCCUUCAAAAGAUAAAUUCAAUUAAAUCUCUUCCAAGUCUAGACAGUUUUCACGUGGACAUUGAUGAAACACGCAGCGUCAACGAUUUGCAAAACAGUCAAACUCUUGCACCUGAAAACGACUCAAAAGUCAAAACACCUACAAGCCCGAAAAACAGAUCAAAACUACACGAUUCACCAAUCGAAACAGUUAUUGAGCUACCAGAUCAAGAACAGCAAGGUGACACAUUAUUUAGCUUUGAAAUGUCGGAUUUGAAUGCUUACAAAAAAGACCGUAAUUCACCCGCUCUAUUAGCAGAAAGUAAUGCAGAAAAGACAGAUGAUAAUGUCCAUGAAAAUCAAGUACCAGACACACCCUCAGGUUUCAGUGUACGCGGGAAUUUAACUCGGCAGACGACAAUAUUUUGUCAGAAAAGCAGCGUUGAUUCUUCAUCCGGGAAGACGGAUCACUCGUCAGAUGAAAAGAAAAGCUCUGUUCAGAGUUCAAGUUCUAAAAGUAGCCAUUUCCGAGCCUUUAGAAGCAUUUACAUUCAUUCAGAUCGGGAGAACAACGCUGAUGGUAAAAAUGAAGUAACUAUUAUCAUCCCAAAGGCUAAAAUUGACAAGUGUACACAGGUGUCACACGUUGAAAUCACAAAAGAAACUGGUUGGGAUCUUCUAGAAGGUGUUUACCUUCUUCUACGCAAGAUAAGCAUUAAAAUACCUUCUGAAACUGAUGUUGCAAGACCAGCUGUGUCAGCAGUAGCAAACCCUGUUGAAAUAAUGCAAAGACUUCCUUCACAAGAAGAUAUUCCAACGGAAAACAUUUCACCUUACAGAAAUCUUCUACAAGUUCCUCUAAGUCCACGUGACGACCGAGACUAUCCCCGUCGGCCAUCUUCAACAGGAAACAACAGAAGGAUACCGAAUAUCAUUGAGUUAGAAGGGCAGUUCGAACAGUUCAAUAAUGAGAGUCAUAGAAAUGUUAACGCUUGGUUUGAAAGGAAUAGUUUACUAAAUGGUCCAAACCGACUUGCACCUGUACGUCAAUACACCAUGGAGACAGUAGACAGUGGGUUCGAUGACAGCCAAAGCCCGGCCAGCUAUAACAGACAAGGGCGGCAUAGUCUGCCGAAUGUUUUGUCGGGAAAUGGCCAUGUCCGUCUAUAUAGACGCCCGUACCGUGGACCUCAAAUCCCACUGGAACCGAGUUUAGUAAACAGCAAUAGUAGCCAGAGUGUAUCUCUAGAACAUCGUGAGGCAGGAAAUGAUGCAGACGACGAGUUGCCACCUCAAUCCAUCCCAUGUGACACAAACAAACAGCAGACGAGAAAACGACAUAAGCGAAUUAAUCGAGAGGAUUCAUUUAGCUUGUCAGAUUCGGAACUAAACGAAAGACGCAAACGGCUGAGGAGACGAAACUUUACUUUUGAUCACACUGUAUCGAGAAACGACGAUAACAGUAUAUUUGGUAUCAAUGGAGAGCAAAGAGAUAUUAAAGAAGUUAUAAAGGAAAUAUUAGCACGCAAUCGAAAGGCUUCGACAGAUCAAUUGCUGACUGACAAGUCCACUAACCAGUCCUUGAACUCCGGCGAGGAAGGUUGUUCACAUACCGAUGUGGUAGCUGAGGAUUUUAAAGUGGAGAAAAGUGAUGAAAAAUCUAAGCGAUAUCCAACAGCGGCGUGGAAACAGAGGUUGGGAACACUGACAAGCGUUGACAGUAAUUAUUGCGGAUUUGGCGUAUCUAAGUCGACGAGAAGCGACUUUCUGUCGCAGAUUAACUCUUUUCAGAAUCUUUGCCCUACGGAUGAAACUUCAGAUGAAAUAUCUGAAGUAGUACCGACAACAAAGAUAACCCACUGGCAAGAUGAAAAUGUCAUUAUACCAUACAGUGAUGAAAACAUUGAGUCACAUGACGAAAAUGAAUUGCCUGUCGACAGUGAACUAAGCGAACAUUCUUGUGAUGAGCCGGAAGUGCAAAAAUCUCAUGCACCCUAUCAUACAGCAGCAUGUUUACCAGACGUUGAAAAUGAUAAAAUCGAAAAUAGUUCAAAUGAAUCGUUUGAUGGAAACCAGGUUGCUGUUCAUUCCACGCAAGAUGGAACUAUCAGGUCUUCAACUUAUUUCGAUAUAUUUUCAAGUUUUGAUCAUUCACAUCUGCAUGAUGAUGUUGAACCAAGUAAUGUUGCAAUGUUGGGUGACGUUAUUUCUCUGGCAACGAAUACUGGUGAGCAGACGAUAUUUCGUAUGGCGGGGGCAGGGCUAAGAUAUGGUACAGUCGGCGGAAAUAACUCAUUUCAGGUGUGGGUAGAAAAUCCUACUCCAGGUUCCCUAACGGUGACUAUCACUGGACCGCAAUCUCACUCAGUCACAGAGACGUCAGUGAUUUAUACGGGAGAUAAUUUGUACGAAAUUUCCUACGGAGUUGCGCAUCCUGGAAAGUAUAAAAUAUACGUAAGGUGGGGCGACAGGUCACUUUCAAAACAUCCAUAUAUAUGUGAAGCUACAUUGUAAGGUACAUUGUAUGCCUCUAAAGUUUUAAGCACUACAGUUACAUAUAGCCGGAUAGGUCCUUAUUAAUUCAAAAGAUAUGGCAAAACAUGAACACAGUUUUUUUCAUAAAGACAUUCACAAUGAAAAGAGUAUUUAGAGUGACAUUGAUUACAAAUGUACUAGCUUUACUGUUGGAGGAGAUCCAAAAUGGUCAUCCGUGCAUUAUUUGAAACUCUGCAAUCGAGCUGUCGAAAGCCAGCUAGUCAUCGAAGAGGAAAGUCAAUGUUUUUCGUAUCCUGCCUCAUACAUCAGUUUGGUGCAAUGUUUUGUGUAAGGCUGUAGAAUAUUUAUAUGUUCACUGCUAUUUUUCCUGCCCCGUGGUGUUUGUUAUAUUCACAUAAUACACGUGACUACCCGUUCAUUACAAUAACACACAACUGUUAUUAUGCCGAGAGUAAUUUUAGUGGAAUCAUUGUUAUUGCAUGUUAUAUAUAGUAUAUUUUCUAUAUCAUCUGUUUGGUAAUAAAUAAAAUCAUUAUA